AUGAGUUCUGAAAUCAAUAUAAGACAACUGUUAUAUUUUAAAUCUUAAGAUUCUAGUAUCAACAAUAUCUAAAUAGGCACACCCUUCUAAACGUAAAGAGUUGUCAAAACAACUUUACAUGUAUUGAAUAGAUUUAGAUCUACAGGUUUAAGUGAUUUCAGACUCACGACCAUCCACACUCAAACACCCAUUGUGAAUAACUUUAGAUAUGGUUUCAAAGUAGACGAAUUUUAGAAUGGCAAUUCUCAAACUCAUUUCUUAGAGGUCUAUGAUCACCCUACCAAAUAUGUCAAUAGUUAUAUUGCCGAAAGUCGAAAGAAUAUCGCAUAAUUGAGAGACCAAGCCAACUAAAUUAGACUGGAAAUUUCUUCAAUUCAUUCAAGAUAUUAAUAGGAACUGAAGAAUAUAGAGACGCAUUUCAGAGAUAACCUCAAAAAGAAGUAUCGUCAAAUAAAGGAGGACAAUGUUCUCUUUACGGAAGAGUAAUACAGAUUGUCCAAAGAGUAUUUAAUACUAAUGAAAGCCAAAAUGAAUAUGGAAAACGAAUAAAUUUAAUUAACAAAUCGUGUUGUUUAAUUAGAGAAAACUUUACAAGGAGUAUCAUUAGAAUUAUAAUCAUGA